UCCUGCCGAGUUCGCGUGGUGUCGGCUACGUACAAAACGUCAACAAAACAACCGGUUUUUUAACACGCCGCCAUGCCAUCGGGCUGAUCGAGCCAAGCAUUCGUGAAAUGUCGUGGAUGUAGACAGAUUGAAACAAAUGCAAAUGAGAUCCGUUGAGUGAUCAAAAGAGGGUGAUCCAGAUAGCGAUCAAGUGUAUACGAAAUCAGAGUCGUUUGCUCGAUCACACUUUGUUUUUUUUUGUCGUUUUCUUGUAGUCUUAAUGCACGUGUAUCCGGUCCUCCAUGAAACGGAAACAAACGCGACUUAAACGAGAAAAAAAAGAUGAUUUUAACUAUGUUUUAUUCGCGAGUGCAGGCGAGUGCAGUACGGAGCGAGCGCAAUGAAUUGAAUGAAUCAUCUGUGAUUCUGAUUUCCGAAGUCAGGUAUCUCGCGUGCGGCGAGAGGAACUGAGAGGAACGAUUGAACUUUUAACUUGUUUAUCUCGCUCGUCGUCCCGCACAUUACAAAUAAAAUGUUAUGUCGCACGCAAAGAUCGAAUUACACCAACCGUAUGCUCGGUAUGUUAAACACGUCUUAGUUUCGCCUUUGUUUUCAGUUUGGGCGCGUAUUCGGUGAUAUGCCCCGCGGAGGAUGGCAAUAAUCGAAAAGAUCUUACAUGAGGAUGUAGUGCGUCGAGACAUUGCAGGUUGCGUUUUACAAGAUGCUGACAGAAAAUUUAUCAGGAGACACGGCGUUAAGAUGAGCGCAGCGACAUGGCAUAUACAACGAUACAACUUACUGUAUUAAUAAUAUAAAUUGACAUAAGUAUGUACAUCGCAGGAGACCAGUUGAGAGAUGAUACGUGGACCAUAGAUACAAAAAGUUUUCUUGGUUCUGCAAUUGAAAAAUACAAUAGUAUUAUAAUAAAAUCGCCUUCUCCCAUUUAUAAUAGAUUUAACCAAGAUUGGCGUAUAGAACCUACAAUGAAACAUUAUUGGGCUGCAUCCUUUUUAUUACCAGUCGGAUCUAUUCUUAUUCUUGCAAUGGUUGUUUUGCUUAUGGUAUUGUUCAAACGAUGUCCUCAUAUAAUAGCCGCGAUUGUUACUGCAAUACUCACUAUCAUUAUCAUAUUAACAAUUAUAUUGUCACUUAAUCACGAUCCAGUUUAUACUUAAUAUAUUUAUACCAAAUAAUUACAUACAAUAAUUACAUAAAUCUUUCUUCCAUAUGUACAUUGA